AUGGGCUUUGCACCCUCAUCGUCCGCUACGGCCAAGCAGCCCUCAAUGUCUUCAUCAGACUCAACGGGCCUUGCACCCUCAUCAUCUGCCACGGCCAAGCAGCCAUCAUUCUUCGCAGCCCAGAUGGCAGCCUUGCAGUCAAUGCAACCAUGGACUCCGUCACAGAUUGCCGCAACAUCUACCUCUGCAUCAUCAGCCUUUCAAAGCUUUAAUGUUACUUCGUCUUCAGACGUACAGAUCACAAGUCCUUUCGAGAGCAGAGCACAAUCUCCUGCGCUAGCGACUAAGAAUUCCGCAACGCAUGUCGAGACACCAGCACGGAAAACUAUCUUCAUUGUACAAGUACGAUCAAGCGCGGGUGUCACUUACAGCAUGUAUCGUCGUCUUAACAAAAGACCAGCAGCGAUCUGGGAGGCCUAUCUCCGAGCCCACCCGCUUCCUGGAGGAACAGAAGCUGUCAGGUAUCGCAAGAAAGACACCAAGAGGCUUGAACUGAGUGCGUAUGGCUACAUUCUCUCCCAUCAAUGGAGCCACAGGGCCACUGAGAGGCUUAUAAUUGAUGAUAGCGACGAUACCCUUGCCCGCAAAAUUCUUGACCUUACUGACCAGCAACCACUACACAUAGUGGUCAUCGGGACUGGUAUAGACGGGCUAUCCGUCAGCAAUGAGUCUUGGAAGCUCAUGCAAACGAGAUGGCCCAAAGCCACUUUCGAGCUGUGUCUCAUGGUUCCAAAAGACUCCCCAUAUCUGGCCAAGUUCCCACAGAUAGCCUCAAUGCACGACGACUACUUUACAACAAUACGAGUGCAGACUUCUGAUCUAGCUAGCGCAUUCGAAACGGCAGAAAUCGAUGCAGUCAGGACCGCAAAUGCGUCAAUUCCACGGAACAAAAUGAUCGUGCUGCUGUUUCUGCUUGCCGAGUACGUAAGCACAGAAAAGUCGAAUUGGGGUCGAAGACACGCGGAUCUCCAUGAAGAUUCCGAGAUGGCAGCCCUCGCUAAGACCCUGGGCUUACGCAAGGUAUCAAGGAACCUUGAUUUCGAGUUGAACCGUGUCUCUUCUCGGUCUGAUGAUGCCGGCGAACCUCAAAAGAAGGGACGCAAGACGAACACCACUCCCUCGGUCAGUAUCAAUGAUUUCGACAGUGAUUACGGUAAUGCUUCCGGCGAUGGUUCUGAAGACGACGAAGCACUGUUCUAG